ACAGCCACACAGACAGCGGUUAUAUUUACAAUUGCUUUUAUGCCCUACAAUAAAGCUAACAGAGCAUUGUAGGAAGGGAUUCAUCUUCUCCCCGACUUUCACUCUCCUCAAGAUAUCAAGUCAAUACACUUGGGGCCAAUAAGUCAGACAGCCUUUGGCACCCUCGAGCGACAUCAGUCCUCCAUUGGCACAAUAAUAUUGACUGAGGAUAUGGACUGUGUGCGAGGCAAUAAAUAAGACAUCAACAUCAGAGGUACACGUUGGUUUCGUUAUGACAACCUGUUGUGUAGAAGAUGUCAACGCUGUCUGUGACUGAUAUCCCAGAUGUUGGUCAAGAUGAGAGUAAAGUGUUUGACAGUGCUGCAGAGCUGCAGCUGGACUGCAUGGUUGAGGAGAGCAAUGGCAGCACCAGAAUGAAGCGUGGAAGUCUGCUAUCCCUGAGCGACUUGUCGCAGCCAGAUGACUUUCGUGCACCUCCUCAGAAUGGCCCCGCCAUGACUGGGAUGAACAGCCCUUUGUUAGUAGAUCCAAGUGACAUCAAACCUGAUCCAGCAGUGGGUGACACAUCUUCCAGCAUAGAUGGUCAGCCAGUCAAGAGAAAGAAGGGUCCUGCCCCUAAAAUGCUGGGGAACGAGGUGUGCAGUGUAUGUGGUGACAAGGCCUCCGGUUUCCACUACAACGUACUAAGCUGUGAGGGCUGCAAGGGCUUUUUUCGACGCAGUGUCAUUAAAAGUGCCCAGUACUCCUGCAAGAACAACGGACGCUGUGAAAUGGAUAUGUACAUGCGACGCAAGUGCCAGCAAUGCCGCCUACGCAAGUGUCGCGAGGCAGGCAUGCUAGAGCAGUGUGUUCUUUCUGAAGAGCAAAUCAGACUAAAGAAGAUGAAAAAGCAGCAGGAUGAGGAAACGGCGCGUUCGUCUACAGUGGUCACUCCCACUCCUCCACAGGAAGCAGCUUCACUGGAUCCACAGCAGCAGGAAAUGAUUGAAAAACUGGUGGCUAUGCAGAAGCAAUGCAACAAAAGAUCCUUCCUCGAUCGACCGAAAGUGACGCCGUGGCCACAGAAUCAGGAUCUACAGAAUCGAGAAGUGCGUCAGCAGCGUUUCGCCCACUUCACUGAGCUCGCCAUCAUGUCAGUCCAGGAGAUAGUGGAUUUUGCCAAGCAGCUCCCUGGAUUUCUUGAGCUCACAAGAGAGGACCAGAUUGCUCUGUUGAAGACGUCAACCAUAGAAAUUAUGCUGCUGGAGACAUCUCGUCGAUACAACCCUGCCAUUGAGAGCAUAACAUUUCUGAAGGAUUUUAGCUAUAAUAAGGAGGAUUUCGCAAAAGCAGGCCUUCAGUUUGAGUUCAUUAAUCCCAUCUUUGAGUUUUCUAAAGGAAUGAAUGACCUGCAACUGGAUGAAGCUGAGUAUGCUCUGCUCAUUGCCAUCAAUAUAUUUUCAGCAGAUCGGCCAAAUGUGCAGGAUCAUGAUCUUGUGGAGAGGCUACAGCAACCAUAUGUUGACGCUCUGCGUGCUUACAUCAUGAUAAAGAGACCAAAUGACCACUUGAUGUUCCCACGCAUGCUGAUGAAGCUGGUGAGCCUUCGUACACUGAGCAGCGUGCAUUCCGAGCAGGUUUUUGCCCUUCGCCUUCAGGACAAGAAGCUUCCCCCGCUGCUGUCUGAAAUCUGGGACGUCAAUGAGUGACUGCAGUCCCGAUAUCACACUCCUUGGCUUUUUGAAUCUCGGGACUGAUGUGGCAUCACACAGGAAACUGAGCCUUUCUCAUCUGGUCAUGGACUCGUCGCAUUGCGCUGCUGUUGGACUUGAUGCAGGAGUUUCAGUGCCCUUUGCUCUGAGAAAGCUUUCUUAGUUUUAGACUUGUUCUUCCUCUUUCUGGAUGUUGACAUGAAUUUGCCAACGUGAAAUGCCAGGGUAGGCUUUUGAAUGAUUUCUUCCUGAUUCUGUUAAAGGUUAUUUGAAAAUGGAGUGCAGAUCUAUUGUUUUUAUCUAACAGCUUCAGUCAAAAAUGCUUAGUUGCUUCUGUCAUGAUUCCGGCUGGGCUGUCAGUUAAUUUAUUUGGUAGGCUGACCAACUUGGUUAGAGUCCACCUGUAGCUGCAGCUCACGUCAAUGUUAGGCCAGUGUUGUGCAUCCUAGUGUGGGAAAUGUUUGUGUGCAUUUUGGAAGCAGUACAGUACAGUACUAAGGUGGUGUAGUUGCUCAGGUAAACUAAUGUGAAGUAGAGUAAUCUUUUAAUAGAUCACUUGUGUGCCCAAUGGGGUCGCUUUUAUCAAUGAUGAUGCACGCAAAUAAUUUAUUUUCAUAAUACAAAAUAAAUGUGUGGAGUGCACAAGUAUCCACAAGAUUGUAUGAUUAAAUACAAAAAAAAAAAUGGGUUAACAAUAGCAAUCUGCAAGUGGUGUCAUCAGUCGGGAACAAGAGUGUGAAAAGAAACAUAACUAUGUUUGAAAGUAGAGAUACAAAAACCAUACUUGGCAUCAACUUUAACUGGUAAUAUCUUGGAUAUAUACGGUGUGAAAUCAACUGGAAUGUAUAGCGAACAUCAAACAUUCUCUGACAAAAGAAAGACUGAUGCCUAUUUUCAUGAUUGUGCUUCCUCCUGUAGUAAAAAAGAUGAAAGGCAAAAAAUAUACUACGGACAAUGGUGGAAGUAAUUCUUUUAUUUGUUCAGCCAUAAUUUUCACUUAUUUAUAGGCUUCAGAUCUUUCGGAAGCGGAAGAUCCCCUCAUUGCACUGCUUGAAUUAACAGUUUCUAAAUGGUCUUUUCCGACAUCACAUUACCAUAACUGCUGUUUAAUGACAAACGACACCAACCAUUUCACAUCGUCUUUCUUAAUAUUAUUUCACACAACCAGUCGAAGUACAUUUUUUUCAUGUGAGAUUACUACAGUUCAUAGGAUCCUUUGCAUAGUUGGGAAUGUUGCAGUAAAAAUGAAAUUUUAUAUGAGCACAAAGCAUUGCAGUAAUGGAGGUGUUGUGUUUGUCAAUUGUAACAGCAGGCCUGCUUUGGCUUGUGAUUGAGAAAUGAACUGAUGCUAUUCGAAUGUCUUUUUUUUUUUUUAAACAAUCUUCCAUAUUAUCAAAAUGUGUUUAAAACGUUUUUCAUAACAGAUGUUAGCUUGUCCUACCGGGGAAAGCACAGAUGUUUCAAAUAUGCCAAACAAUGAAUGGCUAUGUUUUUAUUGAGAUUGGCGUGGUAGUUGGCUGAAACUGAAGUGUAAAAUGUACCAUUUGUAACCAUGCAGGUCGCAUGUUAACUUCCAAAAAGUGUCUAAAUUUGAAUCUGGAAUGGGUUGGAGUGUGUGUGUUACAGACCAUAACCAAUCACAAGAAGAGUACUUAACAACACUUGAAAGUAAAAGUAUUCACUGGUCAUUUUAAUACUUAGGUUGUAUUUUACAUUCAUGUGAUCAUAUGUAAAAACAAAAACCAUUGAUAUUUGUAUUAAAUAAGCAAAUUGAAUGAAUUCCGCAGUGUAGUAGCCCGCAAGGUAGUUUGUGUGCUGUCCUCAUCAAUUGUACGUGCUAAAACCUGUCCAUGUUUGGCUAACGUGCUGACUGUACGUAAUAUGUUAAAUUGUGCUGUUUGAAACUUCUGAUCUCUAAAUCUUGUUCUGUCUGCAAAGGGUGAUGCUGUAAAGAUGGUUGAUAUAUAAUUAUAUUUUAAUACAUGUAGCUCCCAGGAAUCAUCUGUUGUGUAUUUACAUCAAAUUAAAGCCGGAAGAAAGAUGAAUCUUCAUACAUUUUUAGUGAGAAUAUGUACAGUACAUUUUGAAAAAUAAAUACUGGAUCACA